CCUCAUGUCUCAAGAUAUGCCAAGUCCACCCCCCUUGAGGCGUAAAAUCUUACAGGGGCGACGGUAGUGAUGAAUCAUCAAUGAUAUAUUCCUACCUAUUUAUCUAACCCUAAUCUUUCAUACCGGUAAUCUAUAACACGUAAAAGUAAGCCAAAGAGGGAGGAUACGAGGAUAACCAAUGUCUAAGCCCUGGAUCCUCGUCUCCCCCGCAAGCCGCGGGAUCGGCCACGCCCUAACGCGGCACUUACUCCGGACCACGAGCGCGCCUAUUCUCGCGACGGCGCGGACCGACCUCCCGGGCCUGCGGGCAUCCGUGCUCGACGACCUAUACCCGCCCUCACCUCACGAAUCGACGAGAGAAAAAAACGAGGCGGCAAUAGCUUCGGCGUCCGAACGACUGCACGUAGCCCGCGUCGACGUGGCAGACGAAGCGACGCUGGAGUCCGCCUCCGCAGAUGCCGCCCGCCUCUUCCCGCCCGAAACGCACCACCUGCGCCUCGCGUUCGCGCUCCCUGGCGUCUUGUACUCGGAGAAAAGCCCGCGGGACAUCGACGCUGCGCGCGCGCUGCACACCUUCCAGGUCAACGCGCUCGGCCCCUUGCUCCUGAUGAAAUGGUUCGGGUCUUUCCUCCCGCGGAAAAGCGCCGCGACAUCCGCCCCUGCUGCCGAGCCCCUGAUAUUCAACCCCGACACGUCUAUAUCGAAACCUACCUUCGCUAGUAGUAGCAGCAGCAGUGGUAGUAGUAGUGGUGGUGGUAGUAAGGGUGGCCCCAGGCACGCGACGUGGCUCACGGCCUCGGCGCGCGUGGGCUCGACGGCGGAUAACAGGCUGGGCGGGUGGUACACGUACCGGGCGUCGAAGGCGGGCGUGAACAGCCUGACGAGGACGUUCGACCACCACCUGCGGGCGCGGAGCGGGGACGCCGCGGCUGCCAUCGCGUACCACCCGGGCACGGUGCGGACGGGGCUGAGCCGGGAGUUCUGGGACCGCGUGCCGGCCGGGCAGCUGUUUGAUCCGCAGCAUGCCGUCGAGCGGAUGCUGGAGGUCGUGCGGACGAGGAAUGUGGAGACGGAUAGGGGACGCUGCUGGGAUCAUCGGGGCGAGGAAGUUCUGCCCUAAGGCUUGGAUGAGGAUGUAUGUGGCUCAUGGGUCCGAAUACUUGGGUUAAGCCAUGUAACCCAGCUCGAGAUACUUCUUCCAUCUACCCGUUACCCGUUUGUAUAGGAGUAAAAGUGAGGUAUCGAUGGGCUCUUGGUAAGUCUACUAGUAUAGGUAUUACGCGUAAGCCGUCUAGUAGUCUUUUGGAUCACGCGCCUU